AUGAUGCUUUUCAAAAGAGCCCUUAAGCCUCUUCCUUUGCGUCGAUUCGCAACUAAUAGCGUGCAAGGGAAACCGGUAUCAAAAGCCAACAAAUUUAAACUGACAAAGACCAGAAUCACCCUAGGAACCGUUUUAUUAUGUGGGACUGUUUACUACAAUACUAGUGAUACAGGACAUGAAUUGUUGAGACACGUCUUUUUAACUUCGAAAAGAAUAGGUAUAGUGACUGUAGCUACAGCUCGUUGUUUCUACAACUACAAAAAGGUUUUGAGAGGGGUUUACGAUUCUGAAGAAGAGAGAAAUGAAGCAUUGUCAAAAUGUCACAAGAAGUGUGCGCUAGUGACUUUGAAUGCUUUACAGAUAAACGGUGGUGUUUUCAUCAAACUCGGUCAACACAUUGGUGCGAUGACGUAUUUAUUGCCUGCAGAAUGGACAGAGACUAUGGUACCGUUACAAGACCAAUGUCCGGAAUCUACCAUGGAGGAAAUUAAGGAAUUGUUCCAUCAAGAUUUGAAGACAAGCAUCGAUGAAAAAUUUGUUGAAUUUGACCCCAAGCCUAUUGGUGUUGCAUCUUUAGCUCAAGUGCAUAUUGCCAGAUUGAGAGAGAAUGGUCAAAAAGUAGCCGUCAAAUGUCAACAUCCCUCUUUGAAAGAAUUUGUGCCGGUAGAUGUGAUGAUGACUCAGACUGUGUUCAAUUUAAUGGAUAUAGUCUUCCCAGAAUAUCCGCUCACUUGGCUUGGUGAUGAGUUGCAAUCAUCAAUCUUUGUUGAGCUGGAUUUUACCAAGGAAGCUAGAAACUCAAUCGACACCCAGACUUACUUUUCUCAGUAUAGAAAGGAGACCGCUUUAAGGAUCCCAGAUGUUGUUAGCGCUAAGAAGAGAAUCUUAAUCAUGGAAUAUGUUGCUGGUCACAGAUUGGACGAUUUAAAAUAUUUGGAUGACAACCAUAUUUCCAGAGCUGAAGUGUCUGCAUGCCUUUCUCAUAUUUUCAACAAUAUGAUUUUUACACCAAAUGUUGGUUUACACUGUGAUCCUCAUGGCGGUAAUUUGGCUAUAAGAGCAUUGCCUAGCCGUAGCUAUUUAUCGGCCAAUCCUCACAACUUUGAAAUCAUUUUAUUUGACCAUGGACUUUACAGAUUCCCUACGACGGAAACCAGAAGAUACUACGCUAAGUUUUGGUUGGCGUUAUUGGACCACGACCAGGAGAAAGUUAAGAUGUACGCCAAAAGAUUUGCUAAUAUUACAGACGAGCAAUUCCCACUGUUCGCCGCUGCUAUUACCGGUCGCAGCAUAGAGGCCGCUCUCAAUUACGAUAUCAGUAAACCAAGAAGUAAUCAAGAGAUUAAAGAAAUGGCAUCGGGAAUGGUGAAAGGUACACUUUUUUCAGAUCUAAUGAACAUAUUGUCAAGAAUUCCCCGUAUAGUCUUACUAAUUUUGAAGACGAAUGAUUUGACUAGAAAUUUGGAUGAAUGUUUACAAAACCCAUUAGGCCCCGAAAGAAGUUUUCUAAUUAUGACGCAGUACUGUGCUCGUACCGUUUACAACGAAGCUUGUGAAGCCAUCAAUAACCAAUACAAGCGCUGGUCCUUAUGUUGGAUGUGGCAAGAAUUAAAAGCUUGGCUUGAGUAUGAAAGCCGUAAGAAUCAAUUGCUGUUGUAUGAUAUCGCCCUGUGGUGGAAGCAUAAACUCAUUUAA